AUGUCAGAUUCAGAGCUCAGCAGGAAGUGGAACUGGUGCUUGGCAGAUAUGGUCAUGAAAAUAGGAAGAAUGUGGCCGUUAGCCUUAGGUUCUGGCAUGGAAUUGGGAAUGGCUUACUCCAACUGUCAACAUGGUUUCCAGGUUCCUUAUCUUCUUCAUGGAAAAUAUGUCAAAGAGCAGUGA